AUGUUAGCCUUAGGCUUAAUCUCGGCUGCAUUGAAAGGAUCGUCAGCAGUGGAACCAUUGACAAUUUUGUGCUCGAUUGCAGUCUCGACACUGACAGCUCUGCGAACAUCGGAAGUUCUGUUAAUGUCAGAUCUGAGCUUAUUGGUAUACUCUCUCAGGUUUUCAAUGAACUGCAGUCCACCAUUCAAAUCAGCCAUGAUAGGCGAUUCUUCACAAAGUUUGACAACUUCCGGCGUCAUGAGACCCAAGAUAUUGAAUGCCAUUUCUUUUUGCGAAAACGUCCUGACACCCAGUUUCUCAAUGCCCUCGGCAAUGAUAUUGUUACCAGACAUUAAACCAGUACCUCUGGUCCAUCCAAUAACAGCACCGCAGAUAGUAAGGAAUGGCGACCAUGAUUCUGAAUACCAUCUGUUGAACAACGUUUCUAAGCCCAAUUUCGACUCCGAGUAA